UUUUUUUCAGAGCCCUCCACUCCACAGUCAGCCGAGAGCUGUUUUUCGUUGCCUCCCUGUAGAACUAGUUUAAUACAGAGGACAGUGCACUAUCGAGCAAUGGUGGCAUGGAAUUUAUUACUGAAUUUUGUAGUUUUCAAAGUAGGUUUUCAUUAAAAGUUACACCUGAGAGGACUUAUUUGUGUCCACACAAAUAAACUUUAUUCAAAAUAUUUAAACCCUUUCUUUGAAAUGCUGAAACAUUUUUCAUGUGUCAGUCAUUCUCCCCUGAGUACUGGACAUUUUCUGUCCACACCUCUUACCACAAGCACUUAAACUAGUUCCUGGUAACAUAUUGUGUCCUCAUACUUUCUGUUUUCUAAGACUUACCGUAAAGAAGCCACUAUUAAGGAAUGUAAUAACACCUGAGUGAUGACUUUUACAAUGAUGUUGAUGGAAAGCUGCCAACCACAAUACAGCAAAGUAGUGUUUAGCUUCUUCAGUGCUUAUGCGUCCACAGAAGAAAGCAGAACUGUUUGGAAAUUAGACCGAACUCUUCAACUUCAAAUCUGUAAAACCAUGGCCCUGAACUUCCAGACGACAGAGCAGACAGAUUUUGACCGACAUGGAGAAAUUCGGAUUGUGCUGAUCGGAAAGACAGGAAGUGGGAAGACCGCGUCAGGAAACACCAUCCUCAAUCGAUCGGCUUUCAGAGGGAAAAGUGGCAUCGAUGUCAAAAAGAGUUCAUGGGCCAAAGUCACACCUGCAUCAAUAAUUCUGCGUGGUUCAACUGGCACACUCUGUUUACCCCUGACGCCCAACGUACACAUCCAUACAGACAGAGAGAGGCAGCGGGAGAGAGGGGGAAGUGCUGAGCUGGCGACCGUCGAUCCAGGGAUAAUGGAGCUAUCGCUCAUGGCAGCACAGCAUUUCCCAGCUGUGAGCGGGGCCUUCAUGGAUUCUCCGUACAAUGGCAACACGUCCUUGCAGACGUCCACCUCCAACCUCAACGCGGGCUAUCGACCCUCGGAAGCGGAGGACGACGGCAAAGUGUCCAGUGACACAAUCUGGCUCUGGGUCGCUGUGCUGGCAACUAUCGGCAACAUAGUGGUGGUGGCUGUGGUGUGUGCCUGUGCCUUCUGACAGGAUUUUGCGGGUGGAGCAAAAACACUGGAGGAGCUGAUCGGAUAAUUGGAAACUCUUGUACUUCCUCAGACAUGAUGUAGAAUACUGGAACACCUGAAAACUGACCAAACAACACCACACGGAGUAAGAUACACAUACAUGUAUAUACGUUAUUGUACAAUUUAUCUAACCAGCAAGAAAGCUACCUGACACAUAUUUACUAUUCGGGAUUCCCAAAGUUCAAAGAUGACCCUGCUAUAGAAGACAGCCCUGUUAUAAAACUUUUCAUUUUGCGAUUUUAACCAGUGAACCUUCUAAUCACAAGCUUUACACAGACACAAUGAAACACCCUGAAACUGGGAGCUACCUCAUAUCCUUCAAUUAAUAUCACAUAGAAGAUCAUUCAAGUCCAGUCACUUAGUCACAGCUGUGGAUCAGCUUUCAAAUAUAUUAAAACACAGAACACAAUCCCCAGGUUUGCCCUCUGCUGUUAAAAAGUAAAUGGGUCACAGGGAUGUUCAUUGAGAGUAAUAAGAUCAUCUUAAUGAGCAUCGCUCCCAGAGCUAGAUACAGAAAUGUAUUCAUUUCGGCUUUCCAGGCCGUGGCGGUAACAUGAAAGCGCUGUGCUUUGCCAAUGGUCAGUUGGUUAUGCAAGCCAAGGCGGUGUUAUAUAAACCCAUUCAGUCCCAAUUACACCACAAGCUGAGCAGAGGUCAGCCUCAGAACUACAGGGAUUAGUCAGGAUCAUAGUAAGAUCUCUCACAGGGAUCAGAGGCCAGAGAGAGAUCCACGAUUUAGUGGGUUUGAAAGUUACAGCAAGAGGUCUGAGCCCAUUGGCAGCCAUUGUCCUGAGCACGCUCGAUCAAAGUGCUGAACUCCAACCUGUACUUUCUAUAUUAUUCUUUUCUUUUUUCUUACAUUUUCAGCACCCAGUGUAUGUACAAGACUAAUUCUGAACACUGGCCUACAAGAGGAACUGACUCUUGCGUAGCCUUGCUCCCUUUACUUACAGUUGCUAUGCCUGCCCAGCUUUGCUUCUUCCAUAAAAAGUGCAUCUGAUUUCAGACAGCGGUCGCCAAAUUUCAGGCAGAUUGGGUGGAAAUUUAUUUUAUCAGUUACUGUGUGUUUGCAAAUUGGCUCAAUCGGACAUCACAGACUUUGCAAUGGCUGAUUCGGACAUUUGCCUUCACACACACAGCUCCUCUGGGUAAUGCUCAGGGUUGCAGUUCAUGUCUGUUGAUUGUCACAUUAUUGCACAGGCUCCAUCUGGGUGACAAACUGCGGCUCCGCCUCUCUGCCCCUGCUCGAUUGUUGGGAGUCGCAACGGUCCCUCAAUUUGUCGCAAAGGGGCUUUUAUUGCACUAAUGGAAAUAGUUCAAUGAGAUUUGGUGACGUAGCACUUGCCAAACAUAUCCCGCAAAAUAAUGCAGUGAGAUAUGCUCCUUGGCAUGCUGCUUCAGCAUAUGGAGAAAUCUAAAACCUGACAGUCCUGCUGUGUCUACAGCCACAGUUACUAAGCCAUGAUUGGACAAUUGCUGUUUCAUCCAAACACUAGUCACGUCGUGACUACAGCCUCUUUUUUCAUUUCCAUUACUUGAUGCUUCAGCAAAUCCGAGUCUCCGUCGUGUCCACAAACAUCCACACUAGUAGGUCAUUUUGAAACUCCAGUUCAUCUGACCCGCAUGUCUUGCAUUUGAAGAAACCGUGAUGCCGUUAAGAAGCCCAGAGGAAACAAGCUCCUUUUAGAAAGGAGCAGGGCCCGCAGAGGUCGAGCAGUGAUUUGUUGAAAUUUAACAAGCAACGUUCAGACAGAAUCAUUUCUUUCUGUCAGGGUUACUUAAUGCCCGUUAUAAUGAUAAAUACAUUAUUAAAAAGGGCAGUUCCUCUUGCUUCCAGUUCCCUUCAAAUCACUCAGGAGAAGCUCGUUGGGAAAAGGCAGGCACUUCUAGGGUGAGAGACGAAACAGGCAGAUGACGGAGAAUGAGAAAGAUGAGGGCAGAUCAGGUCAGAGGAUGUCAAAAAGCAAACUUCAUAUAACUGAAUUGUAUGGCAUCAAACCAUACACUUGCUGAUCAGCCUGUGAACUUUGUUUAGUGAUUGGUGAGGGGCAAGAAAAUGGACAGUGGAUUUCAAGCAACCUGUUGUUACUGAAAACUAACCUGAUUAAAUCAUCAAGAGUGAACCAACACACUUUCAUAAAGAGGCAAAUUCAACCCAAACCACAACGUUUCUCUAAAACCCAUCCACUAGCAUUGUUGUGCCUAUACUAAACCAAAGCUUAGUCAUGUCAUCAUCAUCAUAAAACUGUGUUUUGGAAGAGUUUUGGAAGACACAGACACGUGAUAUGAUAUUGUCCUGCUGAUCAAGGCAUCGGAUCAAGAUUGUCCUUGGUUAAUUUGGAUGACUUGUUGGAAAUAUGGUACGUUAUCCAGCCAACCAGUACUGUCUGUAAAAAAGGUUAUGCCUCUAUUAGUACCUAUAAAUGAAACUAGUCAGUUGGUAGUUGUAGCUCCAAAGGUUCUAAGGACAUUCUUCUUGCCUCAGAUGACUUGUCCACAUAACGCCUCAUGUAGUUUAACCCCGUCUAAUCAGAAUGGAUCAAACAGCCGGUGUCUUCCACUGCACAUGUAUGUGUUUGUACAUUGUCAUGUGGUCGCACGUUCAUCUCACAUCUCCCAGUCGAGAUCCAGCCCGUGUGAACUGCGUCACUGUCCUGUCAGUCCUCUGCAGUGAGAUGAGCUAUGAUGUGCCGCUCGCUCUCCAAGCACCGAGUCUCCUAUCCGGCUUUUCCUUUUCUCUCCCUACUUUGCUGGAUGUCCCAGAGGGAUAUUUGUCCCCGGCGGCUAUAAGGGUGGUCAGGGCCGAUCAUAUCACUGUAGUUGACUUUAUUAGAAGAUGAUCUUGCAGGCCAAAUAGAACUAACGCCGGCCAUCGGAGACAGAAAAUGGAGCCCAAACGAGUUGACAUCCACAGAAACAAAUGAGCAGAAAUGAGAGAAAAGAAAUUAGUCAUCUGAGAUAAAGAGUAGAAGAGUGACACAUGAAGUGAAAAAAUAAAGAAUAUAUGUGUAAUGAUAAUGACACAGGGAGUGCUCAUUUUCAUUUCUGCCAUUUACCCUUUACCCACAAGGAAAAAGACAUUGUCUAAGAUUGGGACUGAGGAAAUGAGUGGGAGGCAGGAGAGAGGAAAGAUAUGAUGUAAGAAGAAUGAUGUUUGGUAGAAAUGAUUGUAUUAAGGGUUAGUAGUCAGAAUAAGUGAGAAUGGAUGGGUUGGGAAGAAAAAUAGGAGGAAUUUCAAAGAGAGGAAAUGAGAAGAAACGACACAAGUAAAUAAUUGUAUCUACUGAGAACACUGUGUUAUAGUUGCAGUGACAAUAUUUGCAUAAAAAAGUUGAUUCAACAUGCAUGAUUCAUAUAAAAUGAUCUCCUCUCACGCUCCUCGUCAUAAUGACUCGACAUUUGCUUCGGACCUCUAAGCCGAUUAUUAGUCCUCACUCCUUCAUCACCACUGUCAGCGACCACACAUCACAUGUUCACAACAGUUUCAUUCCAGAUAGAGCAAGUGUGUGGUCGUUGUUUGGUCACUCGAAGGCUCAAGUGUCCACUGUUCACCGCCAACAUCGUCUGACAAAUCAGCAGCCAGAUUCUGUGGAGGCAUGGACCUUCAGAAGCCACCAAUUUCGAUUUCCACCAGUGUGUGGGAUACCAAGUUUCUGGUACUGACUCAAUGGACCCACAUGAAAAACAAAACAAAACAACAGCAUUGAAGCUCUAAGAUCUGUUAUUUCGUGGAAAGGACAAUCUAUGCCACCCUCCACCAGAAAGUUACGGGUUUCUUUAAACCCCAUCCAUCUUGCAGCUGACAAGACCUGCCCGCAAAGUCACACGGAACAGACGGAUAAAAUCUCUGUCUGGCUCUCAAACACCAAACUCGAAUUACCAAUCGUGUAACCCCAGCUACUCAACCAAUCAACCAUAAGAUCCUACUCAUUGGUAUUUUCGAAGGAGAAGCACUGAAUGCACCUGCUUGGAGAGAUGAGUAAAGUAAAACUGGUCUGUUUGAAACAAAAUAAGUUGCGGGGAUAUAUUGUGAUACUGACUUGGUUCUGGAGAUAUGGGAAUAUCUGGAUGACCAUGUUCUAAAUCAUUACACAAAAUGGAUUUGCACGGAGAGAGACUCUUGCCCUAGGAUGAGAAAAUGAGAAAACUAACAGCAGACUAUGACGGCAAACGUCUCAUUGAGGUAAUGCAGUAUUUUGGGUGCACGCUUACAUCCAGUCAACAGCCUUGAUGCUAAUGAGCAAUUUGAAGGUCCCUUUCCCUCCCGGACAAUCCAGUUCCAGGAUGAUACGGAGAUAAAUAACUGCUUUGAUGUUUGGAUCCUGUCAUGAGGAUAUUUGGAGAACAUUUCACUGUCUCUGUCUGGAGAUCAUAUAAAAAAAAUAUCUAUGGGACUGGCAGGAAGAUACAAAUGUACAGAUAAGACAUACAAACUGUGAUGCAACCUUGACAAAGCUUGUCAAACAUGAAACAUGUCAAUUUCAAAUGUCAUGACUGGCUGAGGACAGGACGGUGUGUUUUUGUACUUAUGAUAAAAUACGCCGUGGUUACUCCGAGACUUCACUGUGAAGGCUGUAGACCAUGAAAUAGGUUGAAAAUUCUGUGGGUGUUAUAUCUAUAUACACACACUAUAUGCAUAAACCCACACAUUGAUCAUCAGAACCACAAAAGGGAUAUAUCAGAUGCAGAUAUAAUGAGAAAUUGAUUGUGAUGCAAACAAAUAACAGAAACAACAUGACUGAUAACAUCCUGAUUGGUGAGCAGGAGGAACAUCACCACAAUAAAUGUUUACAUUGGAAAUUGUUAAUGCUAACAUUGUAGCAUUGUUGUAUCCCAGUAACCACAUGCAUGGCAAAUAGAUUUCUCUCUUUCCCUUGGUUGUAAAUGUUUGCCUUCUCUCAAACACUUUUCAGUCAUUGCACUUGAGUAACACAAACUACGUGCUGAGAUUUAUUAAUAUAUAAUUAUGUGUAAGGGUUUGGCUUUAGAUUUUUUUCUUCCAUGUCUUUGUUCUAAUUUAAGCCAUUCAUAUUCAUAUUUCUUUAUCUUUAAAGGGAGUUGUGUAUGCUUAGACCUUUCUACUGUAUCACUCGUACAGUUCAUUCAAUACUCUGUAAUAUAACUUCAUUAAAUUA